UGUACCAAAGUGCUGAGUCUGUGUGUUCCUGCUCUUUAUUCCUGCAGACUUAACCUGAAAACCCCAGUGAUGAGUUCCUCUCCCUGAAGGAAUAACUCCUUGCCAGGUCUGAAAAAGUGAAGCAAGUGACAGUGAAGACUGCCAUUCUUUCUGGGUAAGCGUCAGAUCAGUGGCACUGCAUGAAAACUACUUGUUGGGCAAUACUCAGAGAGACACUCCUCCUCUCUUUUACUGGAGCCACAGAAACCAUCCUGAGAUCCUCAGCAGUUCCUCACAAUAGCCCAGUAAUGACCAGUGCCUGUCUUGUCUAUUCAUGAGCUCCAGACCUGAGGAGAACACAAAUUGGGCCCAGGAUCCCAGGCUGAUGAGAGGCACAAACCAGUCGAGUGUCUCCGAGUUCCUCCUCCUGGGACUCUCCAGGCAGCCCCAGCAGCAGCAGCUCCUCUUCGUGCUCUUCCUGAGCAUGUACCUGGCCACGGUCCUGGGAAACCUGCUGCUCAUCCUGGCGGUCAGCACCGACUCCCGCCUGCACACCCCCAUGUACUUCUUCCUCGGCAACCUGUCCUUCGUGGACGUCUGCUUCUCCUCCACCACCACCCCCAAGAUGCUAGCCAAUCAUGUGCUUGGGAUCCAGACCAUCUCCUUCUCUGGUUGCUUCACACAGUUAUAUUUUCUCAGUGUGCUUGCAGGCAUGGACAAUUUCCUCCUGGCUGUGAUGGCCUAUGACCGCUUUGUGGCCGUGUGCCACCCCUUACAUUACAUGACAAAGAUGACCCAUCAGCUCUGUGUCCUGCUGGUCGCUGGGUCAUGGGUCGUUGCCAACCUGAGUGCUCUGUUGCACCUCCUGCCUCUGGCUCGACUCUCAUUCUGUGCAGACAACACCAUCCCCAACUUCUUCUGUGAUGUGACUCCUCUCCUGAAACUCUCUUGCUCGGACACGCACCUCAAUGAGAUGAUGAUUCUUAUUGCAGCAGGGCCUAUAAUGAUUGCGCCAUUUAUUUGCAUCCUGGUGUCAUAUGUCUUUAUUGCUUGUGCUGUCCUGAGAGUACCAUUAACAAAGGGAAUAUGGAAAGCCUUCUCCACCUGUGGCUCCCACCUGGCUGUCGUGUUCCUUUUCUAUGGCACCAUCAUUGCUUUGUAUUUAAACCCCUCGUCCUCUCACUCAGCUGAGAAAGACACUACAGCUACAGUGUUCUAUACAGUGGUGACGCCCAUGCUAAACCCUUUCAUCUACAGCCUGAGGAACAGGGAUUUGAAAAGGGCCCUGGGAAAGGUGAUUGGCAGGAAGACAUGCUCUUAG